AUGAAGGGAAUUGGGGAGGACGUCGAAUUAGGAGAGGAAUAUGCUGUUGUUCUGCUACCAAAUAACAAGGACGGGGAGCGUAACGUCACCUUGUACGUCCCAGGGAAGGAAGCUGCUAUCCUCAACGAAGCUCUGGAUAAGCUACCGUGGACAUUUCUAUCAUGGUCUAUCCACCGUGGCCUUCGAGACCUUCUUGUCGCUUUUGCCAAGGAAAGGAUGGAUAGCUAUCGGACUAGAUUAGCUGAUACACUCCGCUUUGCUGUAUUUACUUGGCCUGAAAGAUUAGACGCUCGGGGAUGGGACUCACGGUUUGUUAGGGAGAACAUGGCGGACCUUGCGGCAAGCGCAAUCUUAGCAGGUCAAGGCAAUUCAGGAGAUGCCGUGAGAAUUGUGACUGACAUAGCCACAAUUAUGUGGGACGGCGACAUCUCUGCGCUUGAUGAAACGAAGUUGUGGCGAGACAGCGUCUCCAAGCCAUGCUCAUCGGCCCUCAGUCCAAUGGAUGUCACUGCUUUGGUAAAAUGCUUUGUUUUAGAAUGGAGUAUGGACUUGAACUACCAGAUGUACCACGACUUUCCCAUGGAGCUAUAUCUCGUUUGA